UAGUCUUAUUUUGUUUGUAUAUCUUUAUUUACGUCAAUUUUUCCUAAAUCAAUUCUCAAAAUUACUUUCUAAAUAGUUUUAUUUGAUAAUAAAUUACAUUUAAACCGAAAACAUGCGGCGGCGAGCCGGCGUUGGUGCUAUACAAAAGCAACAAUUGGAGCGCGAUAAAUACAAGGAAAAAGGCACGGAGAUACAAGAAAAUCAAUUUCUGCAAAUGCAAAAGCAGUUGGAAGUCUUUAGAGAGAACCUUGAAGAGUUUGCAACGAAGCACAAAAAUGAGAUAAAGAAAAAUGCGCAAUUCAGGAGGCAAUUUCAAGAAAUGUGCGCCGCUAUUGGUGUUGAUCCCUUAGCAUCUGGAAAAGGGUUUUGGUCUGUGCUCGGUAUUGGAGACUUUUACUAUGAACUUGGAGUCCAAAUUGUGGAAGCAUGCCUAGCAACUAAUUAUAAGAAUGGUGGACUAAUUACAUUGGAGGAACUGAGAACCAGACUGAUCGCAUCACGGGGAAAGGCAAAGAAACACCAGGAUAUAACUAAUGAGGAUCUGUUGGCAGCUGUCAAGAAGCUUAAGAUCUUUGGGAAUGGUUUCACUGUGAUAUCAAUAGGAAAGGGUAAAUGGUUGGUGCAGUCAAUACCUGGUGAGCUAAAUCUAGACCAAACGCUAGUUCUGCAGAAAGCAAGUUCAUUAGGCACAGCUUGGAUUUCCAUUAGCAUGCUUACUAGCGAUUUAGGGUGGAACGAAACAAGGGCAGAAAAUGCUGUUAACCACAUGGUGAAGGAAGGUCUUGCAUGGGUCGACACUCAAGAUCCCAAGGAAACCCUGUUCUGGUUCCCGAGCAUGUUCUCUGAUUGUGUUGCUGCUUCAUAAGUUGUUAAGGUGCAUUUAUUGUACAAUUUAUUCCUUUUUAUUCUGUGUCAAAUGU